CACCCCACUGUCAACGAUGACCUGCCCAACCGCAUCAUUUCGGGCAGGGUGCGGGUGAAGCCGAACGUCCGGGAGUUCACAGAGACAUCGGCCAUCUUUGAGGAUGGCACCAGGGAAGAUGUCGAUGCCGUAGUUUUUGCCACAGGUUACAGCUUCUCCUUCCCGUUCCUCGAGAGCUGCGUGAAGGUGGUGGAGAACCAGAUUCCCCUCUACAAAUUCAUGUUCCCCCCUGAGCUGGAGAAACCGACACUGGCUUUCAUCGGCCUCAUCCAGCCCCUAGGAGCCAUCAUGCCCAUCUCAGAGCUC